CGAAAUUGCAUAUUCUCAGUCAGAAUGUCGACAGCCGACCCUUCAAAUAUAAUCGAGCCUCAAGUUUGCAAGAAUGAAGUUGACACCAUCGAAACGGUUCAAAAGCAGGCUGAGAGCAAGCGAGGAAGAGACAAGGCUGCCGAGUUGCUGAAUGCCAAUGAGCGCCUCUACGUCUCUCCCGAAGACAACAAACACGUCCUUCGAAAGAUUGAUCUAACCAUCCUUCCUAUUCUGCUCAUUGUAUACUGCCUCCAGAGCCUCGACAAGACAACCUUGUCUUACGCGUCGGUUUUUGGGCUGAUUGAAGAUGCCAACAUCAACCCCAAGUCGGAUGAGUACUCGUGGCUCGGAUCAAUUGUGUACAUUGCACAGCUUGUCAUGCAGCCUCUGGUGGCCCUUCUGCUAGUCAAACUUCCGAUUGGCAAAUUCACGGGAGUCAUGGUUUUCCUUUGGGGAGCUAUUCUGUGCUGCAUGACUGCAGCGACUAGUUUCAGCGGCCUCAUGGUAACCCGGUUCUUGCUAGGUGCCUUUGAAGCUGCGGUUGCUCCCGCGUUCAUUGCUGUUGUUCAAAUGUGGUAUCGGCGGAGCGAACAAACAAACCGAAAUGCCGCAUGGUACGCGAUGUUGGGUGUCGUGAACAUCCUCGGCAGCCUCUUGACGUAUGGGCUUGGGCAUAUUGCUUCUGCUCAUCUUUACUCGUAUCAAAUCAUAUUCCUGUUCUGCGGUCUCCUAACCGUCGUGGUAUCAGUCUUUGUCUUCAUCUUUAUGCCCGACUCCCCAAUGGAGGCGAAGUUCCUCAGCCACGACGAGAAGCUCAUUGCAGUUGAAAGGCUUCGGAUGAAUCAAAUGGGAGUGGCUUCUCGUGUUUGGAAGUGGGGGCAUGUCAUGGAAGCGUUCUUGGACCUGAAAACUUGGCUCUGGUUCUCUAUGCUCACGGCCGUAUCAAUACCUAGCGGUGGGAUUUCAACAUUUGGGCCCCUUAUCAUUAAAGCAUUCGGAUUUAGUAAAUUUGCGACCAUUCUCUUCAACAUGCCUUUUGGGCUCAUCCAAAUGAUCGCAACGUUAGGAGGGGCAUGGCUCGCUACAAAGCAGAAGAAGAAAUCGCCUGUGCUAAUUCUCCUCUGCGUCCCACCUAUCAUCGGAAUAAUAAUACUCAUGGUUGUUGGGCGCGAAAAGAAGCAUCGUGCAGUUCUCUUAGUCGGCUACUACCUGACCUCAUUUUAUCCAGGGAUCUCACCCCUAAUAUACUCGUGGUCAGGUCAGAACACUGGCGGAGACACGAAGAGGAAGGUCACAACAGGUAUUCUCUUCAUCGGUGCUAGCGCUGGGAAUAUCAUCGGGCCCCAUCUUUUUACACCAGCUGAAGCACCCCAUUACUCACGCGGGUUGCGGUCGAAUCUUGCGCUCUUUGUGACCAUUGCGGUGCUGGUCGUAUUGGCGACUGCUUGGAUCAAGAUACUGAAUCGCAGGCAUGCUGCUACGAGGACUCAGAUGGGCAAAGCAGCAAAGAUUGUUGAUCUGAGUAUGGAAACAAGUCGUCAGAUGAUGGAUGCUGACGAAGCGGUGAAUGCCGAGGUAGGUGGCGUUGGUGAGAAGGCGUUUGAUGAUGAAACGGAUCUGAAGAACGAAGAUUUCAUCUACGUGUUCUAAUAACGCCAAGGUAUUGGGUGGAUAGCAAUGGAUAUAUAUCGAAUGUAAUUGAGAACGGAUGAUAGCGUACCUGUGGUGUGGAAGGAAGAACACUGGAAUGGGCCACUACACGACCCGG